UCAUUCUGGAGAUUAACAAUUUUCUUGCCUCUCUAGGUCUCAAUCAAGAUGAGCGAAACCCCUUCCACCAGUUUCUCCAUGAUUCAUCCGACUUCUCCUGAAGGUCGAGUUCCCUACGCCCGCCAUUUGAGCGUUACUCAUCCUGUUGCGGCCAAACGGAUCAGCUUCUAUAAGAGCGGAGACCCCCAAUUUGGCGGGGUCAAGGUGGUGGUCAACCCCCGCUCCUUCAAGACAUUUGAUGCUUUGCUGGAUAACUUGUCCAGGAAGGUUCCCCUGCCGUUCGGGGUGAGGAACAUCAGCACCCCGCGGGGCAUGCACAGCGUCACGCGCCUGGAGGAGCUGCAGGACGGCCAGUCGUACCUGUGCUCGAACGGGCGGAGGGUGCAGCCGGUGGACCUGAAGCGCGCGCGCCAGCGGCCGCGGCCCUGGCAGAGCAGCCGGGCAGUCAACGCUCAGGCGCAGCGCCGCGGCGCCGCCGCCGCCCAGUCGGUCCCGCCGCGCGGCCCGCGGAGGCUCGUGGUCUUCAGGAACGGCGACCCGCGCACAGGGCGUGUUGUGGUGGUGAGCCCGAGAGUCACCCAGAGCUUCGAGGCCUUUCUGCAGCACCUUACCGAGGUCAUGCGGUGCCCGGUGGCGAAGCUGUACGCGACGGACGGAAGAAAGGUGCCCAGCCUCCAGGCAGUGAUCCUGAGCUCUGGAGCCAUUGUGGCAGCAGGAAGGGAGCCAUUUAAACCAGGAAAUUAUGACAUCCAAAAGUACUUGCUUCCUGCUAGGUUACCAGGGAUUGCUCAUCCUGUGUACCCCAAAGGAAAUGCUAGGUCAGAAAGCAGAAAGAUGAGCACACAUGUGCCUUCAAGCCCAAGGUCCCAGAUUUAUUCUGUUUCGUCUCAGAAAGUGCAUAAUAAUAAUAAUGAUUGCUACUCAGACUGUUCUUUUGCUCCUGAGAAUUACUUGGCAUUAGAAAAAAAUGAUUCUCAAAAUUUACUGAUAGAGCCUUCUGAAGAUGAUAUUGAGAAAUCAGUUAUUUUUAAUCACGAUGGCACUAUGACAGUUGAGAUGAAAGUUCGAUUCAAGAUAAAAGAGGAGGAAACUAUAAAAUGGACAACUACUGUCAGUAGAGCUGAGCUUUCUAAUAAUGAAGAAAAGUGUGAGGUAAGCAGUUUUUCAGGAAGAACAGAUGAUAAGUCAUCUGGUUUAAAGCUUGCAGCAUGUUCAUUGUCUGCAGAAAUGUUACCUAUGAUGAAGAGCAAUAAUCAAGAGAGCAAUUUGAUAGAAGAGGUAAAAACUCAAAUGACAGAUCAAAGGGUUGAAACUUGUAGUUCUGCUAGUUGGGAGAAUGCUGCUAUGGACACAGAUGUCAUUCAGGUAACUCCGGAUCAAGAAAAGCACCAUUUUUAUAGGCCCCCUACACCUGGACCAAGGAGAGUGAGACAAAAGAAAUCUGUGAUAGGGAGUGUGACCUUAGUAUCUGAAACAGAAAUUCAAGAGAAAAUGAUCAGACAGUUUUCCUAUAAUGAAGAAACAGAAGAUGAGGAAAACAAAUCUGAGUAUCAUAUGUUCACAUGUUCUAGCAGUAAAAUGUCAUCAGUAUCUAACACACCAGUACGUGUUCAGAUCAACAAUGAUGAGCAGAUGGAGUCAUCUUUAGAAAGAAAAAAGGAAAGCAGAUUGCUAAAGUCAAGUGCUGUAAAUACUGCUGUUAUAGAAAUUACAAGUCAGAAGAUGUUAGAGAUGACCCAGAAUGGCCUGCCACAGACUAUUUCAGAGAACUCAAUUGUGGAGGAAGAUACAGUUGAUAGUGUAAUAUCAGACAACAAAACUAGUACCGAGACCUUCAGACCUUGUGAUAACACCAAUGAUAAGUUUCGUCCAGUCUCAGCUGAUACAACGCACUCUUCAGGUGACAACUCUGGAACUAAAAAAACUAUUUCUGAAGCCUCAGCUUUGGUAGGAUCCUCAACUGUCACCACAAGAAUUGACAAACUAAUUAAUGAAUUUGCUCAAUGUGGUUUAACAAAAUUUCCAGAUAAUGAAAAGCUGAUUUCAUUGUCUAUUGCCAGCAAAAAGAAGACACAAUCUCAGCAAGUGAUAAAUACAGGGCAUCAGGAUGGGGAGAUUGUAACCAAAGGCUUCCCCAGUAAGAGCGAGAGAAUGAACACAGGAGGUAAAAUUUUGCAGGAAACCAUAUUGCAAGAUUCACACAGUCCCGCUAAAGGAGAGGUACUUUGUGACGAAGGCCUCCAUGCAAGUAAUAUGGUAAUUGAAUCAAAUGAUUUCUGUUCCAGAAGUAAUCUGAAUUCCAUGAUUUCCAAGAAUUUCCAUAGAAAUAAAUUAAAUACUACUCAAAAUCCUAAGGUUCAAGGACUUUUAGCCAAAGCAAAAUCUAGACCGCUAAAGAAAGUGAGCUUAGGAGGAUCUACAAAAAGGGCAGUUGGUCAGGGAGAUAAAGUAUUUCCCCAGAGUGAAUUUAAAUAUUGCAAAAAUACUUUUGAAAAUCAAAGUUUAUUUCAUGUCUUUAACUUUCUCGAGAAAACACCCAGAACUUUUUGUGGACUCCAAUCUCAGGCAGAAGUGGCAUCUGGGUACUUGAGAGGAAUUACAAAGAAGAGUUUAGUUUCAAAAGUUAAUAACUCACACAUAACUUUAAAAAACCAUAAAAAACAAAAAGGAGAAAAGUUGAAAUCAGGCACUAUUGUAAGUAAACAAUAUGCUACAGCCAGAGGAAAUACCUUAGCUUUUCUGAAAAAAGCUGAUUUUCCUGAGGAUAUUGCCCAUCUGUCAAUUCAAAAUUACAUACAGAGAUGGUUACAGAACAUAAACGCAUUUCCAGCUUUGCAACCUAGAAAAUCAGCUCCAGUAUGCAAAAGUGAAAGGAAUAUGGUAGGUUGUAACAAUAAUGAUUUUCCAGGAAAUAAUCACAGAAGUUCAAGAAAAGGAAAUUAUUUUGUUAUGGGAAGUAAUAAGCAUGUAACUGAAAAUGCAAAUUUGACAGGAGGUAAUCUAGAUAAAGAGGUAGGUAAGUCUCCUAUCGCCAGAGGUAAUGCUGAAGAACUUACCAAAGACCUCUAUGAGAACCAAGUUGGAUCUCUGAACGAUGCUUACUUGGUUUCUCUGCAUGAAUAUUGUCCUUUAUCACAGUCAGCUAUUGAUGAUCAUAAUAGUAAAAGUCAGGCAUCUGCUGAAAAGGCAGGACAGGAGGUAAGCCAUACUUGUCAAAAAAUAAACCUAGCUACAAAAGAACGAAGUGUAGAGGCUGCUGUUCAAGUGGAUCCUAUUGGAGAGGACCCUCAAAAAGGCCUCAUACCAGCUCUGUUGCUUCACCAACUGCAAGCUUCAGUUCCUAGUAUUCAAAAGACUCAGAAUGGAGUUGUUCAAAUGGCAGGUUCACUUUCAGAUGUUUCCUUCCCUUCUCCUGCAAUAUGUAAUUCAUCCACUAAUCUCCUUCUAGCUUGGCUCCUGGUGCUAAACCUAAAGGGAAUUAUGAGUAGCUUCUGUCAAGGUGAUGCACACAAGAGUACCAGCAGAUCUUCAGAAAUAUUUGCAUUGUUGGAGGUUCUAAAGCACGUCGCCAUCACAGAGGAUGCUGAUGACUUGAAGACUGCUGUUGCCAAUUUAAUGGAGUCAACCACAGAUUGCUUUGGACUCAAUGAGAAAAAACAAGAUAUGGUUCCAGUAGGUCUUUCUGCAAAUUGUUUCACACCCCAAAAUCAGAAAGAUCCUAAGUUCAUUGAAAAUGAAAAAACACAGGAAAUCUCCUCUUUGGCCACUGUCCCUGAAGUCUUUGUUUCAGAAGUGACUUGUUUUCCAUGUAAUAUGUGCACUGUGAGUAAGAUUUGUCUUCCAGAAGAGACCUGUAACCCUAGUGAUACUUUUUCUCCUAGUAAUAGUUGUGCCAUGGAUCAGACCUUCUCCAGGAAUAAGGCUUGUUUUCUAGGAGAGGUUUGUUCACUUACUGAUGCUGUGUCUUGUGUUCAAAAGGAGAACCAUAUCCAUGAGGCAACUUGUCCAAUUGAUGAGGCCUACAUUCCCAUGAAAGUCUGCAAUGCCAAUGACUUCUUAAAUUCCAAAGCAAAUGUAUACACUGAUAACUUGGAAUUAAUUGAAGAGUUAGAAAGAGUUGAUAAAGUUCAAAAAGACCUGAAUAUUUUGGCAGAUCCUGGGUAUAAAAAUAGCUUUAAUACAUUGGUGUCACAUCAGAAUAUGAGUAAUUUAAGCCAUUGUGGCCUUUCCCUAAAUGCAACAGAACCAGAAUUUGGUAAGAAGCAGAAACAUAGUUCUCUGGCUCAAUUUCAGAGUUGUUCACUAAAGGAUAAAAAUCAGGAUAAAAAUGCAUAUACAUCCUUUGAUAAGGAAGAAUCAAGGACUUCUGAAGAAGCAGGCUCAAUAACUAACAGCAUGACAUCAAGUGAAAGAAACAUUUCAGAAUUGGAGUCUUUUGAAGAAUUAGAAAACCAGGACACUAAUAUCUUUAAUACAAAGGUAAAUGCAGGAGAGCAAGCUGCUGAAGAAUCAACCCAAAAAGAGUUAGAGGCUAGUAAAAAUUUGGAACUUAUAGAAGUCUCUAGUAGAAACAUUAUAGAAGAAGAAAGAAAGAGCAAUGUAAUAUGUGAGACGAUCAGUAGAAGUCUGGUAACACCGCCAUCUUUAGUUCUUUGCUAUGAUUCUAAGCAGAACACUGGAAAGGAGAUCAAUGAAGGAAAAACUAAAAUGAGAGUAAAAAUGAUGGUGAAAAGCAUGGAAAUUGGAAGUUAUUCAGAGUCCCCUCUUGAUUUUAAAAAAAGCUUAAAAAGUCCAGUAACUUCUGAUUUGUCAGACUACAGACAAGACAGUGAGAGUGAACAGCCAUAUAAAACAUCCAGUGAUGUUUCCAAUGACAAUGGUGAAGAGAUUGCCCAGGAAAAAGAAUACAACACAGGGUUUGUUAAAAGGACAAUAGCAAAACUUUAUGGUAAAGCAGAGAUUAUUAAACCAUCUCUUUUUUGGGGGUCUGCACACAGAUCUCAGGUUUGUCCUCACAAUUCUGUGGAAUUUCAGUGUGCCAGGAAAGCAGGCCUUUAUGAUUCUGAAGGUCAGUCAUUUGGUUCCUUCAAACAAAUAACUAGUGGUUCACCUAUGUUGCAGGAAUUUCAGGAGGAAAUACAAGAUAAAUGUGACUUUAAUGAUGUGGGGGCCAAUUAUAAUGGGGGAGAUACUGUAGAACAUAGUACAAAACAAAAUGAUCAUAACAGAAUCCUCAGAGACAUAGAGGAAGGAGUGCUGAUUGACAGAGGCAAGUGGUUCCUGAAAGAAAACCAUUUGCUAAGAGUGUCAUCCCCUGAAAAUCCUGGCAUGUGUAGCAAUGCAGACACCACAUCAGUGGAUACACUACUUGAUAACAGUAGCGAGGUACCAUAUUCACCUUUUGGAAGUUUGGCCCCAGGCCCAACUAUGGCUGAAUUAUCCUCUUCAGAACUAGAGGAACUUUCUAAACCCCUUGAACUGAAAUGUUACUAUUUUAAUAUGCCUCAUGGUAGUGAUUCUGAGCAUUGUAAUGAGGAUUUGCUAGAUGUUCAAAAUAAAAUCUGCUCCAUGGAAAGAAUACCAAAUCACCACACAGAGGAGAAGGAUAAUCAUCCUGGAAGAGUAUGCACAUCCGUCACUCAUGCCUUUACAUCUGCCGGUAACAAAGUCCAUCCUGUAUCUGAUAAUACCGUUAAAAACCAGCCAUUGCCUGCCAAUAAUACGAUUCAUGGUACUCUUCAGGAAGGUGACUCUUUGGAUAAACUCUAUGCUGUUUGUGGUCAACAUUGCCCAAUACUAACUGUUACUAUCCAACCUGUAAAUGAGGGAGACCGAGGAUUUGCAUAUCACAAAGAUUCUGAUAUUGAGAAUUUCUUGGGUUUCCAUUUAUGGAAGAAAAUACACCCCUGUUUACUACAGUCAAACAAAAAAGUGGCCAAAGAUAUGAACAAUAAAACAAGUAGGGAAAAAGUAUUUAUAGAUAAUGCCAUUGAUGAGGCAUUUGAUUGGCUUUAUUUCAACAGCACAUACGACUUGAUGGAUAAAAGAGGAAAAUCAGAAAGAAUUAACUUCUUGGACUUAGAGAGAAAAAAUAAUUUAAAUAAAUUUCAACCAUAUUUAAAGAAAAGAUUUUGUGUGAAUUUCCUGCACAUAUUGUUAGUUGUGAGUGAAGUGAAUACAUAUACACAAGAUCCCAGGAAUCAGGCAAGUGAAAUCUUUAAAGCAGUUGAUGAAAAUAACAACUUAUUAAAUAACAGAUUCCAGAGCUCAAGAACAAACCUGAACCAAGUAGUAAGAGAAAAUAUGAACUAUCCUUUCUCCUUUGGAAUGCUUGGUCAAACCUACCUGUUAGGUAUUUGCCAAGUUGAGACAUCCUUAAAUAUCAGCAACAGAAAUAUAUUAGAAAUACUUGAUGUUUUUGAGAAUGAAAAUAUUUUAAUUUGGGAAGAUGAAAACCAAUUAAAUUUAACCAACCUUGAAAGCAGUGAUGAACAAAAAGAUUUGUAA